AUGUAUAUGUAUCUGCAUAGAUAUCCAAAAGAUAAACUUUCAACUUCGCUGCAAUCAUCUAUACAUACACAAACCAAUGAACAAACUCGAUCGACACAUCAAAGUGUUGAUUUCAGUCGUACGUCCAAUGGAACAAAAUCCAGAAUGGCAAGUCGAUUGACGCAAAAAACAUCUCGAUCAGUUAUAUCACAGUGGACGAGCGAAUCUGUUCGUUGUUUAUCAACGACACCUAACACAAUCAGUCCUGAGCAACUUUUUUAUUGGUUCACACGUUCUUGGUUAGAAACAGAACAAAAUGAUUUUCUUCGACAAUUAAUUAUCAAAUUAGACGAAAGACAACACUAUUUUAUUUCUUGUGUAAUUAUGCAACGUCGUUAUCGUGAUUUCAUUAGUUUGUUACCGGGAAACAUCACUUUUCGAAUCUUGCGUUAUUUAACUCUACCGGAAUUAUCUCGAUCGCGUCGAGUAACCGUUUCGGUAUGCAAAACUUGGAAAUCAAUUAUCGAUCAAGAACGUGACCUUUGGAAAUCAGUAAUAAAAUCAAAAUCACCUCAUACUUCAGACAAAACGCAAACAGAUUGGGAUCAUUUUCAAAAAGAACGCUUAACUAUCAAACGUAAUUGGUCAAUGGGAACAGCACAACUUACUAUAUGUGAAGGCCAUACAGAGAGGGUAUUGUGUGUUUGUGGGAAUACAACACAUAUAGCAACGGGUGGUCUUGAUCGAAAAAUUAACAUAUGGAUAUUGAAUAAUGGAACAUUGUAUCAAACAUUAGUUGGACAUACGAAAGGUGUUUGGUCAGUAAAAUUUCUCUCAUCAGCUAUUUUAAUCAGUGGAUCGUAUGAAGGAACAAUUAAAAUUUGGAAUAUUAACACCGGAAUUUGUCUACGAACACUUAUAUCUCAUAAAGGUCCUGUUUGGUCACUAGCAUGCUCGGAUGUGUUUUGUCUAUCGGGUUCUCAAGAUCGAACGGCUCGUUUAUGGCUUUUACCGAAAUGUGAACUGCAUGCAACAUUAACUGGUCAUACAUCGAGUAUCUUCGGCGUUGAUCUCAAUCAAGAACAAAACCUUUGUGCAACAUCCUCUGCUGAUCGGACAGUUCGAAUUUGGUCAUUGACGAAUAAUCGAUGUGUAAAGAUCUUGCAUGCAUCCACCGAUGAUUAUAUCAUGAGUCUAACAUUUCAAUAUGGAUUUAUUGCUUAUGCAUUUGGUGUGCAUAUUAUCAUCUAUCGAGUGAAUGUCACAGAACUUCGACCAUGUCAUGUUCAAAAAGUAAUGGAAACACAAGAACAUCGCGGAAGAAUUGAAAGCGUUCAAUUGUUAAAAUUGAACGAUGAUGAUAAAUUACCAUUAUUAGUUUCAGCCGGCCAGGAUGGUUUGAUUAAAUACUGGGAUUUAGUCAACAUCGCAAGUCAACAUACAUAUAAUGCGCACGCUGAAGAUCUAUCGAAAAUCAAUUGUCUCUAUGCCGAUCGCACGCAUAUCGUAACUGUUUCUGAUGACACUCUUGUGAAAAUCUUAGAUCUCUCCAGUCGAACACAUAACAAUUGA